GAUAAGGAUUCCGAUUGUUAAUAAAAGGCAUUCAUCACACGACUGUCUUCUUGUCCAGCAACAUGUCUCCCUUUGGCAAAAUUGCCAUAGUUGGCAGCGGCCUAGUUGGUUCAAGCUGGGCAACAAUUUUCGCGAGCUCUGGAUAUGAAGUUCAAAUGUAUGAUAUUUCUGAAAAACAACUGCAGGUGGCUCUAGAGAAUGUAGAGAAAAAUCUACGGAAGUUGGAUGAGCAUGGCCUUCAAAGAGGCAAUCUAUCAGCUGAUGAGGCUCUCCUUCGAGUUUCUACCACUACAUCGUUGAAUGAGGUUAUGAAGAAUGCAAUUUAUAUGCAGGAAUCUGCACUUGAAGAUUUAAAUUUUCGAAUUCAAUUCUACAAAGUUAUUGAUGAGAUCGCGGAUCCUACAACGAUCCUUGCAAGUAGUACGUCAACAAUUCCAGCGUCCAAGUUCACUGAUGGUCUGAUAAAUAAGGAACGUUGUCUUAUCGUCCACCCCGUCAAUCCUCCGCUCUUCCUUCCUCUUACCGAGCUUGUUCCUGCUCCGUGGACCUCACAGGAUACUGUAGAUAGAGCUGCAGAGAUCAUGCGAUCUGUGAAGCAGGAGCCGGUGAAGCUGAAGAAAGAAGUUUUGGGAUUCGUUGUGAAUCGUCUACAAUUCGCUUUGCUAGCAGAAACCUGGCGUUUGGUAGCCGAUGGCGUCAUUGGCGUGAAUGAUGUGGAUGCGGUGAUGUCAGCUGGUCUAGGGCCGAGAUAUGCGUUCAAUGGGACUUGUGAAACGGUUCAUUUGAACGCGUUUGGUGUCAGAGAUUAUUUUAAAAGAUAUGCGGCUGGAAUUACGGCGGUCCUGAAGGAUAUGGGGCCGAUUCCAGAUUUCACAGACGAGAAAGUCAUUAAUAAGCUUGAAGAAGAGCUGGAGCCGAAAAUGAGCACUUUGAAUAUUCGAAAACAUCAAGCGGAGAGAGAAGAGAAGCUCGUGGAAAUUGCCAAGCUGAAGAAGGACCUGAAUCUUUAAUUUUUCCUCUUAUUGAAUUUAUUUUGUCAAUAAAUGCACAAAAAUACUCCC